AUGGCGUGUCCUCGCGUCGUCAUCCACGAUGCAUCGGCGCGAUUCAACGGCGCAAUCAGCGCUAUCCGACCAUGGCGCAUCGGCGCAUCAUCAGCCAAGCUAUGCGGACCCACGGGCUGCGGACAAGGAACAGUACCAUCGGCCUACGACACUACGAUCGGCCUGCGUUCGCUGCGCGAGAGCCGGCGGAUGGAGGUGAAGUAACGACUCAGUUGCGUGUCGUGGGAGGGGUCCAUUUGUCCUUUCCUCCUCGACUUCCUUCC